UUGAUGUCUAAAGUUUCAAUUCUGAUCUGAACCGAAGUUAGACGGAUCCAUGAAACCCUCCUAUUCCUUGUAUUCCACACAAAUAAGAUUCGAAAAAGUCUGUACCUCCUCUUCCUUAGUUCAUUGUAUUUGGAUUUGGAAUUAGAUGGCUUCCUCUUGUAAUCUCAAUCCUCAACCACAAAGUGAUAGUGGAGGUGGAAUCGGAGGGUUUGAUUUGAGCACACCGUUUAAUCUCAGUUCCAGUCCUAUGCUGCAACAUCAGCAUCUUCAAAACAUGAACGCAAUGGCACCUUCUAACACUACCAACCUGACUACAUCUCCAUCUUUCCCAGCCCAAUCCUCCAUGCUGCCUCCAUGUCCCUAUAUGGUGCCUUCCUCAUCUUACCCUCCGCCUACUAGGCCCUACACUUUCCAACCCCAUCAAUACCUUCCCUACCCGCUUCCUCAACACCAACAGCCUUUACAUCCUCAUCCUAGUCCUAAUCCUCAGCUUAAUACCAAUAGAACCAUUCCUUAUCAACCCCAACCCUCAGUACCCACCACCCCUACUUCAGGAAAUGACAUUUUGUGGGCCUUUUUGGGCACUCAAACUCAGUCACAAACUCCUGCUCCUCUCCCGUCUGCCCCACUUCUUAAUAUGAACCCAUCCACUUCUUCGCCCUCUCCCUCUCUCUCACCUUUCCGACUGCUGAGCAGUAAAGCCCCCAAGGGCAGGCAUCUCUUUGGAACUAAUCCUCUCUAUGAUAUUAAUGUCUGGCUGCCAAGUGAAGAAUUGCCCCAACUUGAGGUCACUCCCAUUACCAAGUAUGUUUCUGAUCCCAGCCUUGUUCUGGGUCAUCAGAUUGCUGUUAAUAGGAAUUACAUAUGCUAUGGUCUCAAUCUUGGGAAUAUCCGUAUACUCAACAUCAACACUGCCCUCCGAUCCUUGCUUCGUGGCCACACUCAGAGAGUAACAGAUAUGGCUUUUUUUGCCGAGGAUGUCCACCUUUUGGCCAGUGCAAGUGUUGAUGGACGUUUUGUAUGGAAGAUCAAUGAAGGUCCUGAUGAUGAAAAUAAGCCCCAAAUUUUUGGCAAAGUUAUUAUUGCCAUACAAUUUUUGGGGCAAGAAGAAUUGAAACAUCCACGAGUCUGUUGGCAUCCUUACAAACAAGAGAUUUUGAUGGUUGCUAUUGGAAAUCGUAUCCUGAAAAUUGAUACAACGGAAGUUGGAAAACUUGAAGGGUUUUCGGCAAAGGAACCUCUUAAUUGCUCUGUUGACAAGCUUAUUGACGGGGUUCAGUUUGUUGGUAAACAUGAUGGUGAGAUCACAGAGUUGUCAAUGUGCCAAUGGUUGACUACCCUUUUAUCUUCAGCUUCAGUAGAUGGCACGGUGAAAAUUUGGGAAGAUAGUAAGCCCUUACCACUUGCAGCGUUGAGACCACAUGAUGGAUGUCCUGUUUACUCAGCAACAUUCUUGACUGCCCCACAUUGCCCUGACAAUAUAGUUGUUAUAACUGGAGGCCCACUAAACCGUGAAGUGAAGAUAUGGGCCUCUUCAGGUGAAGAAGGUUGGUUGUUGCCCAGUCAUGGUGAAUCAUGGCAGUGUACCCAAACAUUGGAAUUGAGGUGUUCUGCGGAGUCUGAGGUUGACAAUGCAUUCUUUAAUCAAGUUGUGGCACUUCCCCGUGCAGGCCUGCUUCUGCUCGCAAAUGCCAAGAAGAAUGCUCUAUAUGCUGUACACAUAGAUUAUGGGCCUAAUCCAGCAGCAACCUGCAUGGAUUAUAUAGCUGAAUUCACUGUCACAAUGCCUAUAUUGAGUUUCACUGGAACAAGUGAUAGUUUACCAGGUGGAGAAUCUACUGUCCAAGUGUACUGUGUUCAAACACAGGCUAUUCAGCAAUAUGCUUUGGACUUGUCUCAAUGCCUGCCACCACUCCUGGAAAACACAAACCUGGAUAGAACAGAUUCCAGUGUUGCUCAUGUUUAUGAUGGCAUGAACUCUGAUGCUUCUUUGGAAUUAUCUCAUGGAUAUAAACCAACUGAGAAGACUCUAAGCUCCUCAAUUUCGGUGUCAUGUAUAAACACCAGCAGCUUUGAAAGUGCUCCCAUGAUGGGCCAUCCUCAAAAAUCAGCUUCUUCUGAGGUUGCUUUCAUAUCCGAGAGUGCUGUGUCUGGUAUGGAAAGUAAGCCAAGUACUUUACUGUCUGAUAGUAGUGCCGAAAAUACACACACUUCAUCAACUCCACUUCCAUUAACUCCAAAAUCUUCUGGUUUUAGAAAUCCAUCAGGUUCUGAUCAUGUUAACGACUCAGCACUUGAUCAUUCUGUUGGCCACAAAGUAGAUACGGUCCAGGAGAAUAUGGUUGAAAUGCCCUACUCAGGUGAUCACUUGCAGAAAGGUGAAGAUGUUGCUCAGAAUGACAUUUCAACUGUUCCUGAUCCUCAUGCAGUGUUCAAACAUCCAACCCAUCUGGUAACACCAUCUGAGAUAUUGUCUAAUGUAUCUUCAUCGACAGAGAGUGCUCAGGUUAGUCAGGUUAUUAAUGAGGGGGAGGCAACAGUCGAAGAUGUGGUAAAGAAUGAUGCUGAAAUAAAAGAGGUAGAUGAUGAAGUUCUUGGUGAGACAAGAUUUUCUCAAACUAAUGAAACCAAAUGUCAAAAAGGCUCUCAUACUACUGUUACAGAUAACAAAGAAAAGGCAUUCUACUCUCAGGCAUCGGAUCUUGGCAUUCAGUUGGCCAGAGAAUUUUGUGUAGAAAGUUAUGGUGUUGAGGGAGCUCAACAAGCUAAUUCUAUUGGUGUUUCAGUUCAAGAUGGACUUGGUAAUGCUGGAGAUGGGGAUGACCACAAUGUGAUUAAAGAUUCCUCUCUAAAGGUCGGUGAAACAGACACUGCCGUCACUGUUUUCCCAUCUUCUUCUUCUGCUAAAGGGAAAAAGCAGAAGAAGAAAACCUCUCAAGUAUCUAUCCAAUCUUCCCCUUCAGCGAGCCCGUAUAAUUCUAUAAAUUCAUCUAAUGAAACAGGGUGCUGUUCCAGGGCUCUGUCAAUUGAUGCUACUUUCCCCCAAUUGCUAGCCAUGGAGGAUAUGCUUCAGCAGUCCCUUAGCGUGCAGAAGGAAAUGCAGAAGCAGAUGAAUGCAAUUGUCUCUGCCCAGGUUAACAAAGAAGGGAAAAGACUGGAAGCAUCCUUGGGCAGGAGCAUUGAGAAAGCUAUAAAGGCAAAUACGGAUGCUUUGUGGGCUCGUUUCCAAGAUGAAAAUGCAAGACAAGAGAAGUUAGAAAGAGAUCGCAUGCAGCAAAUAACAAAUUUGGUCACCAACUGUAUUAAUAAGGACUUGCCAGCCAUGUUUGAGAAAUCCUUAAAGAAGGAAAUAGCUGCAGUUGGGCCUGUUGUGGCUCGGGCUAUUAUUCCGACUCUGGAGAAAAGUAUAUCUUCUGCUAUUACGGAGUCGUUCCAGAAAGGAGUUGGAGAGAAGACAGUGAAUCGUUUGGAGAGGUCCGUCAGUUCAAAACUUGAAGUGACAUUGGCCCGACAAAUCCAAGCACAAUUUCAAAUUUCUGGGAAGCUAGCACUUCAGGAUGCACUGAGGUCUAGCUUGGAAACUUAUGUUAUUCCAGCAUUUGAGAUGUCUUGUAAAUCCAUGUUUGAGCAAAUUGAUGUAAAAUUUCAGAAAGGGAUAAGAGAACACACAGCUGCUGCACGGCAGCAAUUUGAAAAAUCACAUUCUCCCGUUGUCGCUGCUCUACAGGAUGCUAUUAGUUCUGCAGCUUCAAUCACACAAACUUUAAGUGGAGAAUUGGCAAAUGGGCAACAAAAACUUAUAGCUAUGGCAGCUGCAGGUGCCAACUCUAAUGCAGGAAAUCACUCGGUGACACAAUCGAGUAAUGGACCAUUGGCUCAUCUGCACGAGAUGCCGGAGGCACAUAUGGAUCCAAUGAAAGAGUUGGGAAGAAAGAUAGCUGAGAAGAAAUAUGAUGAAGCAUUCACCGCAGCCCUGCACAGAAGUGAUGUCUCCAUAGUUUCCUGGUUGUGUUCUCAGGUCGAUCUGCAAGGGAUAUUGUCGAUGAAACCAUGCCCGCUGAGCCAAGGAGUAUUGCUAGCUCUUUUCCAGCAACUGGCUUGUGAUAUUAAUAAGGAAACAAGUAGAAAGCUGGCAUGGAUGACUGAUGUAGCCGUGGCCAUAGUACCCUCAGAUCCAACUAUUGCCAUGCAUGUCGAACGGAUCUUCAAACAGGUCUCGCAGAUUGUCGAUCAUGUACAAACCAUGUCAUCUGCAUCCGCAUCGGAAUCCGCCAGCAUCCGCCUUCUUAGGUUUGUCAUAAACAGUGUGUUGAGCUGUAAAUGAUUUUGUGCAAAACUUUUUCCCUUCUCAUU